ACCACGAGUAUGGCUUAUUUUCCUCAAACAGUGGUUUUGUGUGAAUUUCGGCAUGAGCAUUUUGAGGCUUGUCUUCCCAUCGGUCCAUCAGAUAGUGGUUUAGUCUCGAAAUGGUGACCUAAAGAUGAGUUUACUCUUAUCUUUUCAACUAAUUUCAUUUAUUUCUCUUAAUUGUUUGUUGAAAUGGGGUUCUGUGAUGUACCUUCAUCAAUUUGAAAUUCAAUUGAUAUAUAACAUUGGUUGUGCCAAAUUGUGAGUAGAAUAACUACUAGUUUUUGUAAUCCUUUGCUUGUAGAUCCUUUUUCAAUGGCACUGCAGAAAGCUCUUAAAAAAAUUGGGAAAAAUUUGAGUGCUCAGUAUGAAAGGUGGCAACCAAGGGCACGAUAUAAGGUCCAGCCUGAUCCUACUGUGGAUGAAGUGAAGAAACUAUGUAAUACAUGUCGCCGAUAUGCCAAGUCUGAGAGGGUCCUAUUUCAUUAUAAUGGCCAUGGUGUGCCUAAGCUGACUUCUAGUGGUGAAAUUUGGGUUUUCAAUAAGAGUUAUACACAGUAUAUCCCUUUGCCAAUCAGUGACCUUGAUUCCUGGUUGAAGACACCCUCCAUAUAUGUUUUUGAUUGCUCUGCGGCUGGGAAUAUUGUGAAUGCUUUUAUUGAGCUUCAUGAUUGGGUUGCUUCUAGCUCCUCUGGAUCCACAAGGGAUUGCAUUCUACUUGGAGCAUGUGAAGCACAUGAGACUCUUUCACAAAGUGCUGAAUUUCCUACAGAUGUGUUUACGUCUUGUCUCACAACACCUAUUAAGAUGGCUUUGAGAUGGUGAGCUUCUUUCCUUGUUCGUCUGUUAGGAUCGCCUAUCGCGUUUAUGCAUCUUUAUUUGAGAUCAUGCUGUUUUCUGGUUUUGCCUUGUGGUGUUUAUUCCAUAUUGGCUGCUUCCUAGUUAUUUUUAGUUUGUCAACUGAAAGUCUUUUAGCUGUGCUGUUUGUUUAAAGCUGUAGGAAGUUAGA